AUGUCUUUGUUUCCAGAUCCUAGGAGAAUUGUCACGGGACAUGAUGCCAAUGGCAACGCUAUCGUUCUGAAAGACAGCAACAUUCCAUGCGUACCAACGCCUCUGAAAGCAAAUUUCGCUGUUUUAUGGGAGACCCACCAGUUUCCUGCCAACAACGAGGGAGACGAGGAUCCCGUGGAAAGAGAGACGUCCAGUCUUGCGAAUGACAAGGGUCUUGUAUUGCGAGUGGUAGAUUUUCCACCCCACACCGACACUCUUGUUCAUCGGACUGUGUCUUUAGAUUUUGGCAUUGUAUUUCAAGGCGAAAUUGACUGCACUCUUGAUAAUGGAGUGGUAGUCCAUCUGAAACCUGGUGAUACAUGCGUCCAGCGGGGCACAGUACAUAAAUGGACAAAUAAUGGUUCAGUGCCAACAAGGGUCUAUUUCAUCCUGACUGCUGCCGAACCUAUAAAAAUCGAUGGCAAACUUUUGGGAAAUCAUGGCUUUCGUGACGAUGAAGUCGCAACCGGAGGUGUUAACGAAUGA